UCUCACCACCAUCUCUAGCCUGCGUCUCCACCAUGGCAAAGGCAUCGUCGAAGCGCAUCGCCGCCUCCAACGCCGCCGCCCAGCGCACGCUGCGCGCCGGCUUCCUCGUCGCCAACGCCGUGCACCUGCUCCUCGUCUUUGGCCUGCGCCGCCGCACGCGGGCGACCAAGUCGGCGGCGGCAGCGUAUGUCGGGUCCGAGAUGCUGGCGCUCGGCCUCUGGUGGACGCUCGUGCGCAUGGCGCGCGACGGCGACGACCUCGGCCAGGCGGGCCUGACGGCCUACAUGUUCGACAUCAUCUACGUCACCUGGUUCGUGCACGUCUCGGCGGCCCUCUUCGGCGCCUGGUGCUGGUACUUCUGGCUGCUCAUUCCGGCGUACGGCGGCUUCGUGCUCUACACGAAGCUCCUCGUGCCCUUCGUCUUCCGCGGCGCCGACCCGCUGCGCUCGCUGCUCAACCUCGUGCCGGGCCUUGGCGGCGGAGCUGCUGGAGGCCGAGGCGCCGGCCCUGCACCGGCCGAAGCAGCCGCGCCGCAAGAGGCGCAGAGCAAGCGGCAGGCCAAGCUGCAGAAGCGCGCCGAGAAGGGCGACCCGCGCAUCGUCAGACGCUAGGUCUGCACGGCGAAAGGAGAAAGGCAAUGCUUGCGCAAAACACAGAUGGGAAUUGCACGUGCGCUCGCCUCGUGACACAUGGUGGCCUCUCAGAUGAUGCCCUGCCGCUUG